UAAGAUCCUACUAAACACCCCAUCUCCCCAUCUCCCCAACAUCAACACCACAAGAUAAUAUAUUCAUUUCACUCUUACAAGAAGCAGAAUGUUCUACAAAAUCCUCCUCUUCCUCAAAAUCUUCAAAACAGCCCUCCACCAACUCUACUCCCGCGCCCAGCUCAAACUCACCUCCCUCAUCCACCGCCUCACCUACCACCCUGUCUCUCACCCUCGCAAUAUCGUCAUCAUCGGCGCCUCGUUCGCAGGAUACACAGCAGCACACCGUCUCGCUCAUUCCAUCCCGACUGGGUACCGAGUUUUCGUUGUUGAGAAGAAUAGUCAUUUCCAAUUAAGCUGGGUUCUGCCGAGAUUCUGUACGGUGGGAGGGCAUGAAUAUAAGGCGUUUAUUCCGUAUGGGCCGUAUUUAGCGGGUGCGCCGGAUGGUUCGUAUACCUGGGUUAGAGAUUGUGUUGAGAAGAUACUCCCGGAUGAAAGUGGGGAUGGAUCAGGAAAGGUACAGCUUGGAACCGGGGAUUGUGUGGACUAUGAGUAUUUGGUCUUUGCAACUGGUUCAUCUGCGGAAUUACCUUCGCGCGUUGGAAAAGAAGAUAAAAGAGAUGGAAUUGAAGCUAUACAGGCUGAGCAGGAGAGAGUCAAAGCCGCGCAGGAUGUUGUUAUUGUCGGCGGUGGACCGGCUGGGAUUGAGAUUGCAGCGGAUGCCAAAUCGCAGUAUCCAGGGAAGAAUGUGACGCUUGUUCAUUCGAGGGAGGCGUUGCUGAAUGCUCGGUUUGGGGAUAAACUGCGUGAGAAUGUGUUGAUGGCGUUGGAGGGUUUGGGUGUUGUGGUUGUUCUGGGCGAGAGAAUGAUGUCUUCAAAUGAUGAGGUUAUUCUGAGCUCAGGAAGGAGGAUAGCGUGUGAUUGCUUGAUAAAAUGCACUGGCCAAACCCCGAAUUCCAGUCUUUUAUCCUCCUUUUCCCCUUCGUCCAUCUCCCCCUCAGGCCAUAUCAAAGUACGACCAACACUGCAACUAUCAGACACACGAUACAGCCACAUCUACGCAGCAGGAGAUGUAAUCGACAUGGGAAACAUCAAUGGAUACGGCGCAGUCCAACAAGCACAGAUUGUGGCGCAGAAUAUCGUCAGUGCAAUUAAGAAGCAGGAACAGAGAGAAUAUCGCCCGCAGUGGUGGGAGGGUAUAUCCAAGUUGACUUUGGGAAUGGAGAAGAGUGUGGUGUAUAUCAAUGAUGGAUCGGCUGACGUGACUUUGUCGGUGAAGAAUCGGGCUGUAGAGUUGGACAGUGCCAUGGUGUGGAAGUAUUUGGGUGUGAAACCAUAUGAGGUAUAGACAUCAUGUUUAAUAAAUAAGUAUAUCUCCAGAUGCAUGUAGAUUACAACCCAUCCAGCGGUCUGUAUACCUUCAUCCAACGCUACAAAAUCAUCAGCAUAAUUUUUAUUACAAUAC